AUGGCUUUCUCAGGAGCACUGACCAUCACGGACUUGGACGAUUUCCUUACCCCCUCGCAAGCAUGUAUUAUCCCAGUGAGGAACAAGCCUUCCACUACUGCGGAAGAGGGAUCUACUGAAAUACAGAUCGACUCCAAUAACAACUACUAUGAGGUAUCUACAUACCCCACGGACAAUGUUAAUGGUGGACCAGGACCUUCUACAAUGAAUGGGAAAAAAGCGUUGGAAAAAGCCGAGAUAAACCUGAAUGACUGUCUAGCAUGCAGUGGAUGUAUCACUUCAACUGAAUCAUUGCUCAUCACUCUCCAAUCUCAAAACGAAGUUCUUGAAUUCAUACAAUCUAAUCCCACCGCUUUGGACCCAAAUGCACCCUGUCAUAAACCACGCUUACCAAUCUUAUCCAUAUCACCUCAAACGCUCGCUUCCCUCUCUGCAGCUUACUCUUCCGCCCAAUCACGUCCCACCAUCCCACUGUUAGUGUUACUUCGUCGAGUUAGAGCAUUCUUGAGUAGGCAAGAGAAGGGAGGAUGGAAAGUGUGGGAUACGACUUUCGCUAGACAUAUGAGUUUGAAGGAAACUGUUGUGGAAUAUCAUGAGAGGAAGGAUAAGAAAGAUAAAGGGAAAUCCACCGAACUGCCAAUGUUGGCGAGCGCUUGCCCAGGAUGGGUAUGUUACGCUGAGAAAGCUCAAGGGGAUAUGCUGCAUCUCCUUAGUAAUGCUAGGAGUAGUCAGGGGAUUAUCGGGGCAUUAGCAAAGGAUUGGUAUGGACAUAAGAUGAAUCACAAACCUAACGAGAUAUAUCACGUCACCGCCAUGCCAUGCUACGACAAGAAACUUGAAGCUUCACGAUCCGACUUCUACUCUUCGCUUUAUUCGACCCGAGACGUAGAUUGUGUUCUUACCACUGGUGAACUAGAUUUGUUAUUACAGGAACUAGGAUUCGACCCUUAUUUACCUGUACCCAACGAAGAUAUACCAUUUUCAGGACAAUCUGAAGAAUCACCUUUUCCAGAACUGUUAAAUCAUGAGGGAUCUUCAUCCGGAUCGUACCUUGCAACUAUCAUACGUGAUAUUCAAUUAUCUCACUCCAAUCCUACAAAGAUCAGUACGAGGGAAAUACGUGGAUCAACCGAUAAUGUAGAAUACCUCAUACAUGAUCUGGUAAGCGGAGAAGUGCUUUUCAAGGGAGCGAAAGUAUAUGGAUUUAGAAAUUUACAGAACCUAGUGAGAAAAGUCAAUAAGGAGACCGGUCUGGGGAAAGGAGGUAGAUCAGGUGCUGGAGCGGGCAAAUUGAGCUUGGCAGUUGCUGCUCGACGUCGAAAAGCCAAGACUGCUCCUUCGGGAACUUCAGGAACUUCGACACCUGGUGAGAGUGGUCUUUCAGAUGUGGACAGUAUAUCGUCUUUGUCUUUGUCGAGUGGAGAGGAUAAGAAAUUGGAUUUCGUAGAGGUUAUGGCAUGUCCUGGAGGAUGUGUGAAUGGUGGUGGACAGAUGAAACCUGUUUCUCCCAGUACCGCAGUUAAUGGAACAGAAGGGAAAAUGGAAGUUGACGAAGAAGGGUAUACUAGACCAUUACCUGAUGAUGGAACAGAUAUUGAUAUCGACAAAGCAAGUAAAGCGAAAGAUGGGUCAUUGAUUAACUCUGGUGUAGAAGAAGGUAUGAGAUGGUCGACUAAAGAAUGGGUAGAGAAAGUUGAAGCUAUUUAUUGGAAUGGACUUCCUACUCCUCCACCUUCGCCACCACUCGAAGCGUCAAAUAUCAAUUUCAAGUUAUACAUAUCCGAACCCAAAGGUCACGUAGAUGGACCAGCUCAGACAAAUGGCCACGUGGACAGAAACCAACAAGCCGAUCUGAUCGCUGAACAGAUUGUACGGGAUGUAUGUGAUAAUGAUUCGGCUAAGAGAUGGGAGUUCUUGAGAACAAGGUUUAGGAAAGUAGAAAGUGACAUUCUGGCUCAAGGUGGAGUGACUCUUGAGGCCGUCAAGUGGUAA